GCGCCUAUUCCCUCCGAGCCCUUUUAUUUAUUUUUUAAUAAUUUCAUAGCUGGUACGUACUCAACUGAUUUUUCGAUAAUAAAUUUCACGAUACACUCGAUCUCUCUUUUAUUAUAAAGAAAGGUAGGAUUCAAGAUGUCGGCUAGUGUUUCAAUUAAUUUUAUAGUGUUCAAUUUGAUUUUUGCAAUGAAUUGCACAUUCGUGUUGCGGAAUACAAUGAGUUGCUAUAAUAAGUAAAUUUUGCAUUGUUAAGGAACAGUUUUAGAACUUGAUACGAUUUCUGAAUUGCAACAUUAGCACAUUCUAUGUGCCUUUGAUGCAUCGAUUCGAUGACGAUGACCGUCUUCCCUUUAUGACUCAUAAGAUCAAAUCAGUUUCUCCUACUUACUUGAGAAUUGAGAGGGCUUCUGGCAGCGGUAGAGGGGCCUGGCGAUGUGGUCCAGCGAACUUAUCAGUUGGAGUGUGGCUGCUGUGCAAUGUUGUGUUGCAUCCUGCACCUCGAGUACAAUCGUGUUUCACAGCGAGAAAUAACGUGCUCUAUUUCAAAGAAAGCGAAGCAGUCUGAUCAUUGCAUAUUAAAACUGGCGGUGGUGUAACAUCGGAAAUUCUCUCUCCCUCUCUCUCCCUUCACCCUUUCCCUAGCAAGACUUACCGAUUAGUGUGUGCGUGUCGGACGCGUAACAUCGACGAGAAGCAACGGGGAAGUCACGCAAGCAACAACGAUUUAUUCGAUCGUGGUAUCAAAUGUAUCUGCAAACAUGGAUAUUUGCAAUAGCGCACAUAACUUAUGCCCAAUACGUCGUCGCCAAACGUGGGCUAUGCAACGGCUACAAGUCUGGCGUAGACGAUCUUCAGACAUUCGAGUUUAUCAGCAAGCUGAAAUUGGAUCUGUUGGACGCGCAUUACAGUGGCAUGACGAAGGUCCGAGGCAGUAAUCGCAUGCAGACGGCAUACCGGCUGGAGAAAGGCACUGAUGUCACCCUCCCGACGAAAGACAUCAUACCCAGUGGACUUCCAGAAGAGUUCUCGUUAGUGUACACGCUGAGAGCUAGGAAAUCACCGAAGUAUCCUUGGCAUGUCAUUAAGAUUGCGAACAUGAACGGUGACGCUCAGUUUCUCAUCACAAUGAAUUCUAGGAAGCGAACACUGGAUUUUUCAUCGAUCGACCACGAGGGAGAAUUACAGACGAUCUCUUUUGUAAAUGAUCGCGUGUUCGACAAGGGUUGGCACAAGGUAAACUUCGGGGUGUUCAAGGAUAAACUAGUCCUUAACAUCGAUUGCGAAUUCGUUGGCGUGGAAGAUUUAAAACCACGCGGUUCGAUUAAAAUCGACGGGGAUCUGUCGAUAGCUAAAAUGAACAAUAGUAAGAUUACUGUGCCGAUUGACUUGCAAUGGAUGGUUUUAACUUGCGAUCCAACGAGAGACGAGAGAGAAACGUGUAAAGAGCUACCUACGAAAACCGUAGAACCUGCUCCGCUUCAAAUAAAACCCACUUGCAAUACGAUCUGUCCGCAAGGACCACCUGGAUUUAAUGGUUCCAAUGGAUUUCCCGGUCCACCUGGACCACCCGGAGCACCGGGGCCAAUUGGUAUAUCAGGUUCAACUGGAUUUCCAGGGCAAUCGGGGCCGCCGGGUGAACAAGGAAGGAUAGGAGCUCCAGGUAACAUUGGCGUUAGAGGUUUUCCAGGAUUGCAAGGUUCUAAAGGAUCGAUAGGACCCGCAGGACCACCGGGCUUACUAGGAUCACCAGGCCGAAAGGGUGAAAGAGGCGAUAUGGGAUUUCCGGGUCUGAAAGGAGAUCAGGGUCCUCGAGGGUUUCCGGGUUCGUCAGGGAAUCCGGGUGAUUUUUCACAUGAAUCGUCAGAAUACAAGGGCGAAAAAGGAGCCAAAGGUGAACGAGGAGACAAUGGUAUUCAAGGACAGCCGGGUGAAAAAGGCGAAUCUGGAGACAGAGGAUAUCCGGGAUUAGAUGGAUCCCGCGGUCGUGACGGAGCAUCAGGUCUUCCUGGUUUUCCGGGACCUCCUGGUCUUCCGGGACCCCCUGGACCGAAAGGCAACACUAUAUAUACGAAUACGUCUAAUAUUCCAGGAGCACAAGGUCCUCGUGGUAUAAUAGGACCACCAGGACCAUCAGGCUCACCAGGACCAUCAGGCCCACCAGGACUGCCAGGAUUGCCUGGAUCUCCGGGCCAAAUAGGUCCAAAGGGCGAUAUCGGGGAACGUGGUCGAGAUGGCACACCGGGAUUAACGGAUAAUAACGUCAUAUCAGGAUUACCUGGUCCCGAGGGACCUAUUGGGCUUCCUGGUGAUGAUGGUCUCCCAGGUGAAAAAGGAGAAAUUGGACCAAUGGGUCCUUCAGGACCAUCUGGAAAUCCGGGAAAGGAUGGAUAUCCAGGAUUACCAGGACCACAAGGACUUCCAGGGCCACACGGAGAACCGGGGUCUUCAGGACCUCGAGGUUUAGAUGGGCUCGCAGGAAAACCAGGGCCACCAGGAUCCGAUGGGAAAUCAGGUCAAAAGGGUAACAAAGGACAAAAAGGUGAACAAGGUCUUGCCGGACCUCGUGGAUUACCAGGGAAUUCGGGCUCAAUGGGCUCACCAGGCGCACCAGGUGUACCAGGCUUAGAAGGAAGACCCGGUCAAUCCGGUCCUUCGGGACCAAUAGGACCAUCAGGACCUCCAGGCCCUCCUGGUCUUCCAAUUGCGAACAGCAAUUUUGGUAACAUUGGUAGGCCCGGUCUCGAGGGACCUAGAGGUCCACCAGGUCCUCCAGGCAUACCAGGUGAAAGGGGAACUCCUGGAGAACGAGGAUUAGAAGGUCAGAUAGGACCACCUGGAGAAAAGAUGACCGAAAUGGCAGCGUUAAUGCAAGGUCUACCUGGCCCGCCUGGUCGAGGCCGUCCGGGCCGUCCUGGAUCCCCUGGACCUCAAGGUCGCCCAGAGAGACUGAAAGAAUUAACAGAGGGUCUACGAGGGCUACCCGGAUUACCGGGACCGGCUCGACACGGCCGUCCCGGUCGAGCCGGAAAGCGGGGCAUUCCAGGCGAUCCAGGCCCGCCAGGUUUGCCGGGAGAUCGUGGAUUCGUUGGUUUACCUGGUCCGCAGGGUCCCAUCGGUCCACAGGGGCUACCUGGCGAACGUGGAGAAAAGGGGGACAGAGGUCCCGAGGGAAUCGGCUUAGAAGGACCGCCUGGUCUAACAGGUUUACCAGGGCCUCCUGGUAAUGACGGCGUCGGUUUGCCCGGAAGGCAGGGAGACAGAGGUGAACCAGGCAGACCAGGUGUUCCUGGCGCGAGAGGACCACCAGGAACGCAAGGACCACCCGGAUAUUGCGAAUUCUGUAAUUAUCCUAGCAGCAAUUACUUGCACAAUCGUGGCAACGAGAAAGGUCCUUAAUCAGUUGUAAGAACUAACUUUUACAUAUAUAACGGAAGGAGUACUGCGGAGAGAUUAUUUUUAAAAAUCAUUAUUCGAGGUAUUUUUUGACACGUGUGUCUUUAUAAUUCAAUACUCAAUGCCGAAUUAAUAAUGCCUGUAAAUCCUUACAAAGCGCUGCCAUGCAAAAGCUAUUCUAAGUUGCAUUUCUAAGUUACAAUUUAGUUAUUUCGUAUAAAAUGUAUUAUUUAAUUAAUAAAGCUUGCUUUUCGAUAUAA